AUGUAUUCAGCUAGCACUACACAAAGUUGGAUUGGACACGCCUAUUAUUGCUGGAGAUAUAGCGGAGUGGUGGCGAGAACAGCGCAGCAAAAGAGUGCUGCGGGUGACAUCAUCUCGGUCUAUGCAUCCUCAGGAGUCCUGCGUGAUAGAGCCUCGAAACUUGCUGUCAACGAGAAUACUCACAUUGAACAGUCAUUGAAGCCUCUCAUUACUGAGACCAUUGACCCGUUCCCAUUGCCGCCAGACUACGAAGAACGACUCCAUCCCGAUUUAUUCAAUGAAAAGGAUGGCCUUCCUUUUGCUAUGCUUGAGGUCAAGUCUCCAGAUGUUGAUGGGGAUGAUUGCGACGUAGAUGUCAGAAAGGUGUUCCUUCUGAUGCGGCUGAGUCUUAACUGUCUACUUGAAGCCGGCGUGGAGGACCCUGUCAUUCUAGGGAUGCUUGUUCAAGUAUUCUCGAUGGACAUUACCUAUAAGAGGAUCUAUGCCGGUGCCAAGUUCCAGGUCUCCAAGUUGGAUACUAAGGUCAGGAACAUUCAUGAUUAA